AUGUCCUCAGUUCAAGGCGUUAGAUCUGGAUGGGAGAUGGAAGGCGAUACGAUCGAAGGGGCUUUGCAGAACCUGCUUGAUUCCGCACCUCAAGUGGCCGUGCCGUUCGAGCAAGGAGUGUGGCCGACAGAGUCAGCCGCUGGUCAUCCGAGGCCCAGUGAAAACGUCGCGCGACAGAAUCAUCAUUCUGCGACGAAAAUUUCACUAUUUCGCUAUCUACCAGUAACGUUAGAAGCGAAUGGAAGGAAGGUAGAAACUUUCGCGUUUCUGGACGAUGGAAGUGAGUCCACAUUGAUGGAGGCCGGACUCGCUGAGGAGCUGGGCAUCGUCGGCCCCGAAGAAUCUCUUUGGCUUGCCUGGACCGGAAACAUAUCUCGGGAAGAGAAGGGUUCACAAUGGAUCUCAGUGGCAAUCUCGGGAGCUGGACUUAAGAGUCAAUUCCAGCUGAACAACGUACGUACGGUCCAGAAGUUGAAACUACAAGGUCAAUCGUUCCAGUACACCGAGCUUCAAAUGAUCUAUCCACAUCUCAGAGGACUACCGCUACAUAGUUACUCAGAGGCAGUACCGAGAAUUAUUAUCGGUAUCGAACACGCACAGAUGCUUACUACCCUAAAAGUGCGAGAAGGCAGAGCCAACGAACCCGUUGCGGCGAAGACGAGGCUUGGCUGGUGCGUGUACGGUAAACAGGUCGGCGGUAGCGAUGCUGUAACGCGGCUGCAUGUGCAUUCAGAGGAACACGGGAACCGUGAGUUGCAUGAGCUGAUGAGGCAGUACUUCAGCAUCGAGGAGGCAGCGGUAACUACUCCGUUGGAGUCGGAAGAGGACAGACGGGCCCGCACAAUUCUGGAGAGAACAACAAGAAGGGUUAACGGUUGCUUCGAAACUGGGCUUCUAUGGAAGUACGACCGACCGUCGUUUCCAAACAGCUAUCCACUUGCAGUGCGUAGAAUGCAGUCAUUGGAGAAGCGGCUGGCCAAAGAAACUGAUCUCAAAGAACGAGUGAAUGAUCAGAUAGCAGAGUACGUGUCAAAGGGAUACGCCCACCGAAUAACACAAGAGGAAGUUGAGACAACAAAUCCAGAUCGUGUGUGGUACCUACCGCUGGGCAUCGUGAGGAACCCGAAGAAGCCGGAGAAAAUCCGUCUGAUUUGGGAUGCGGCAGCUCGGGUAAAUGGCGUUUCGUUCAACGACAUGCUCAUCAAAGGCCCAGACAUGCUGACGUCACUGUUCACAGUUCUACUACGGUUCCGUCAGCGAUCAGUUGCCGUGUGUGGAGACAUACGGGAAAUGUUCCACCAAGUUAGGAUCAUCCCUCAAGACAAGCAGUCGCAGCGGUUCCUCUAUCGAGAUCAUCCAGAUCAGCACCCUCAGGUCUUCGUUAUGGACGUGGCAACGUUCGGUGCGACGUGCUCGCCGUGCUCCGCACAGUUCGUUAAAAACACCAACGCCCAGGACUUCGCAGCGCAAUUUCCGAGAGCUGCAGAGGCGAUUGUCAAUGCCCAUUAUGUCGAUGACUACCUUGACAGUGUAGAUACGAUCGACGAAGCGGUUGAAUUGGUGAAGGAUGUAAAGUUUGUUCACGCUCAAGGUGGAUUCGACAUCCGGAACUUCUCAUCCAACUCGGCUGAAGUGAUACAACGUCUGGGCGAAACCGAGAACGUGAAGGACAAAUCAAUGGUGCUGGAUAAAUUUUCGGACACGGAGCGUGUUUUGGGGAUGGUAUGGAGACCAGCGGUCGACCUAUUCACCUUCGAUACCACUCUGAAAGAUGAUCUUACGAAGCUACUGGUAGAAGGAGACACGCCCACGAAACGGCAGGUGUUGAGGCUCGUUAUGUCGCUGUUUGACCCUUACGGGUUUAUCGCCCACUUUAUCAUUCACGGCAAGAUCCUCAUGCAGCACAUCUGGAGAUCUGGCACAGACUGGGAUGAAAAGAUUGUGGAUGAACUACACGAUCUGUGGAACGACUGGACACGUCUUUUGAAGGAAUUGGGCGAAGUGGAGGUUCCCCGCUGUUUCUUCGGUGCGACAAAUAGUAAGCUGCACAGCGGGAUACAACUUCACGUGUUCGUCGAUGCGAGCGAACUAGCGUAUGCUUGUGUUGCAUAUUUGCGUAGCGUCCACGAUACGGAAGUGCGAUGCGUGUUAGUAGCAGCGAAGACAAAGGUGGCGCCGCUUAAACCGCUCUCCAUCCCUCGCUUAGAGCUGCAACACAUAACAUAA